AUGGAAAUCCGUGAUAGAACCGCGGGUGAGGAGACUGUUGAUGCCAACCAGACACUGUUUCUGCACGUGCAUUUUUUCCUCUGCCCGAUUUUGCGUGGUGCGCGUGGCAUCCCUGGUGUGGUGCAUGGGAGCGCCAUGGUGCAGAACCUUGCGCAGACUGUGUCGAAUGAAUUCCCCACAGGUACAACGUUUGAGAUACGCCGUGAUGUUCGCAUCAAUCGCCACUUUCAUCAGCGAGACUACAUGUGGCAUAAGCGUGCUCACACAAAACAAGAUGUAAGCAAGCGAAGAAUCACGAUAUGUGAGGAGUAUCGGCUUGUUCCACCAGAAUUCGCAUCAACUCUUUCCCCAUGUGACAGAUUACCUUUUCACAUGGCGUUCUUAUUUGAUCCCACACUUCAGGCAGUUGUGACACACUACACCAACAUGCGGUAUGCCCCUGAAAGGGAGAGUGGCGCCGGCCAGACGACACGCUUUGUGGCAGUCUUUAGAGGCGUUGAGGUGUACUCAAUUCGUGAAUUGGUGGAGAAUUUCUUUCGUGCCUAUUUGGAGAAGCCAGAAGAAGAAUUAGAGGCGGGCCAUCCUUUCCCUCUUCUUGUUCCAUCCACUGUGUUCAGGGAGCACAAAACCGGCGACGCUGAUGGAGCAGAAGAUAAUAACAGUACCACCAGCACUAGCAGCAGCUGCAGUGGCAGCAGCCGAAACAACACCAAAAACAAUGAGACUGCCGAAAGAAGACGGCCGCAAUUGCCCGAUGGAUUUGUCUCUGCCCGAGCCUUUCUCGAGGCAAAGGAACACCACAGGCUGGUCAGCGACCCUGUUCAACAGGUACUUUUGUGCGACAGAGAACUGGGGGUGAUGGUGCUUGGCCGGGCGCUCGACAAGCGCAUUAUCGGGCCUCCAGCAAGGCCGCCGCUGGGGCCACAGAACUCCAUGACCAUCAAGAGCUCCCCCGCCGCCUUGAUCAACACCAAUGGCGACGCCCAUAGGAUUAGUGUCAUUCUUCACAUGUCGUCGCCGCUCCUUCCGCCGUUCAGGCUACGCCAUUUCACGGGUGCCAUGGUCGAGGCUGUUGGCCUAUUUACACGACCUUCUUCGCCUUUUCCUGAGUUUCGCGUCCGCUGCAGUGUUCCUGAUGAUGAUGACGACGUGGCACUUUCGUAUCGGGUUCAGAAACGCAAGAAAAAACGUGUGGAAGAGAUCGAGUCCCUUGAGGCCCGCAGCGUCGUCAUGACUCUUGAGGAUGCUCACCGUGCGCUUUCUGGCGCUCCGAAAGAGAAACCGAAAACAAAGAAGAGAUCUCCCGAAGGUACGCCGUCCAAUGAAGGCAACCUUCUGGCAUUACCCAAUGCCACCCGUGAUGCGGUGGAUGCUUUCAGGCUACACGACGAGAUGGGUCCUACACUCGGCUGGUUACUGCGGUCUAGCACAGCGUUUUUGUUCGCGUAG